AUGCCAAGCAUCGGGACUGGCGGAAGAUGCAGUGCGGCGCAAGAAAUUCGUGGGUGCCAGUCGCUGGCCGCCGAAAGGCAGGUGCUCAGAGAAGUCACCAAGCAACUGUCCAAGUUGGGCAAGAACCAAUGGCGAGAGGUGUCACUCCAGUUCCGGCGGCUUGCGGAGCAAAGCCUCCAGCCAGAUGCUUUCGUGUACAACACGGCCAUAAUCGCUUAUGGCAGAGGCCACGAGUGGCAAGCAUCCAUACACAUGCUGGCCGACAUGGGCAGCGAGGCUCUGGAGCGGAAUGCCAUCAGCUAUGCUGCAGCACUUGGCGCAUGCGCCAAGGCGAAGCAAUGGGUGGUUGCCACACAGGUGCUUCGAAGUAUGCAAUCGGCCAGCCACCGCCCAGACGUCCGGAGCUACAGCGAUGUCAUUGGCGCAGCCGCCAAGAAGCAAGAGUGGGCACUGGCGCUGAGGAUCCUGUCUGACAUGCCGGAGGAAUCGUGCCUGCCAGACCUCUUCGCCUUCAGCUUGGCCCUUUCGGCUUGCGCCAGCGAUCAGUGGGCGUUUGCAUUGGAGGUGCUGAGACAGAUUCAUUCGCAAGGCCUCGUGCCGAACGACGUCGUGUUCAGCAACGUGAUGAGUACUUUUGCAACUGCGGGUCAAUGGCAGCACGCUGUGGAGAGCUUUGCCCAGAUGUGCGAUGCGGCCCUGCUGCCGGACCUGGUAGCAUACAGCACAGCGAUCAGUGCUGCAGGGGCACGGUGGCAGUGUGCGCUGGCAUUGUACCAACAGAUGUCGGAGCAGGAAGUGCAAGCAGAUGUGAUUAUCUUCAACACGGUGAUGCAGUCUUUGGCGGAGGGGCAGCGCUGGCAACUUGCUCUCGGGCAGCUGGCGGCACUGUGCGAUUCUGGGCUGCAGCCUACCUUGGUAAGCUUCAACACCGCCAUCAGCGCUUGCGGCCGCUGCGGCCGCUGGCAAUCUGCCACGGAGGUUUUCGCGGCCCUGCGACAGCGGCAUUUCGCAGCAGAUGCCGUGACCUACAACAGCCUUCUCAGCGCACUCGAGCGGCACGGCCUCUGGGCCGUGGCACUGUCCCUGGUUCAAGACAUGCAGCGGAACUUUGUCCGUGCUGAUGUGAUCACGUUCAAUUCGCUCGUGAGCUCCAGCGGGCGAUGUGGCGACUGGCAACGAUCUCUCUACGUUUUGGCGCUGAUGGAGUCCAGUUCUGUGCAGCCGGAUGAGUGUCUCGGCUGCAGCAGGCAGGGCAAGCCUGACAGGAUCCAGCACUUGCAGUUGCAAGGGCCGCCUGUGUUCUUGCUAUUGUGA